AUGACAAAACGUGCACGUAAAUCAUCACAUGGCAAACAUUUAAUCAUCCAUGUGCCCCUGAAGAUACGUACCCAUCAUCAUAUGCAUACCGUGUACACUCAUGUUCAGGGUGGCGGAGGUGGUGGUGGCAAGCAUGGUAAUGAUGGAGGAGGAGGAGGUGGUGGUGGUCGGGAUAGCUCCAAAGGUGCCACCAAACAGACAAUCUACAAAAUAAUGGGUUAUUCGACUCAUCAUACAAGUGCUGGACCAGUUGUUGGAGGUGGUGGUACUGCUGGUCGUGGAUUUGGCCAUGGUUAUGGCCACAGUCACAGGCAAGGUCACCGUCACCAUCAUGGUAAUCGGGGAGGAGGUGGUGUAGAUUAUGGUGAAAUUAAUUACGAUGAUUAUACAAAUACGAAUUGUGGCAGUGCGGUUGGUGGUGGAGGUGGUGGCGGAGAUGGCGUUGAUGACUCUCUCGCCCAUGGCGAUAUGAUAUUUAAUCAUUAUUCCCGUCAAGAUGAAGAUGAUUAUCCCGACUUGGAAGAACUAAUUGAGGAUGAACGUGAACGUGACGAUGAAUGGGAGGAAUAG